CUAAAAUUCUUAAAAGCAAAUUGGUUGACGUAGAACUUUUUAUGUAAUUUUCAUAUAUAUUAACUUUUUUUAUUCGCUACCCUUAUAACAUCAAAGGCAACUCAUGCCAACAACAAACAAAAACGUACAAAAAUGAAAGAGAACAAGAAAACCAAAGGCAGGACCUCCAUCUCUCCGUCUUCUCCUUGUUGCCGGGGACGCCAUCAACAGGUGAGGCCGGCCUAUCCUCAGGUACAAGAUACUGUCCACCCCCACCUCAGAAGAUGCCGUGUUCUUCUUUGGGAUCUGGCACUAGAUCUGUGGCUAGAGUGGCCAUCAACCUGUAAGCACAAGCAGUAUCCUCUGAGCAAAGCCAGGGUCCGUUGCUCCGCCUUCAAAAUCAUGAGCAUAGAAAGAGCCACAAUUUGAAGGCAAUGGCAACCCUAGGGAAUCAACGACUACGGUGUUAUGAAGAACACAACCUUGGAUACGCACCUAAGGAGAGAAAACUCUGGCAAUCACUCUGAUCCUUGCACUUGUAAGCCCCUUCAGCACUGCAUCCUCCUCAAACGAAGCCAAAAAGAAGAACACCAAAAGUUCACAUGUACCGAGAGCACAAGGAAGUCCCUUGGCAAUGGAAAUGCACCAGUCCCACCAUCAUCAAAGCACAACCACCUUGAGGAUAAGCCCAAAUCCAUCAAGCCAAGGACAGAACACGGGAACCAGAUGCCACUGUCAUCCAUCAACAGCUGCUUCCUCAAAGAUCAUCCCCACAAGGCCAAGAGAACUAGGAACAAGGUGAGUGAGACUCUAGGCCAGGAGAAAACCGACUGCCCCACCAUCAACUUAGGCAUGCCCAAAGAAGUCCCCCUAACUCCCCACCACCAAAGGGACAGGAGGAGCAGGCAUAAACCUCAGCCAAGGCAGCACAAAGGUUCCUUCUAAGCCACAAAGAGUCCAUGGAACACAAUCAACAAAGGAAAAAGCACCCGGGGAAUCAACAUGAUCUGGUACCAAAGAUUCAAACACAAGGACAGCCAAUAAAAUCAUUGGAAAGGGCUGCCAGCAAGAGAGGAACAGAAAAACCUCAAACUGCCCACCUCUGGACAGUGUUGGCAUCAACCUCCUUGGGCACUUCAACCAUCCCAAAACCAGCAUUGAAGUACCUUGUUGUCAAGUCUAGGUGCCUCAAAGCCAAAGUCUAUGAUGGACAUUAGCCAAAGCAAGCCAAAGACAUGCCAAGAUUGCCUCAAAGGCCAGCCAAAAACAAUGCCCAAAACCUGCCAGUAAAGUGCAUGGCAGAGUGGCUACAGCCUGCUGUUUGCAUUUAGGCAUAGCCAAAACCCAACAAGUUCCCCUA